CGCAACAAACGCACGCGCCGCCGUGGACCGUCGGUCCGCACUUCCGCCAGCCGCGCAGCCCGGUGCUCCGCCUCCCGACUACCUCGUAGGCGGCGGCGGCGGCGGUGGCGAAGCUUCCCGAAACCCCCAGGCCCUAGGGUUUCUCCUCUCCUCCCUUGCGCUGCCUCCCAUGGGACCUCCCCUGCUCCUUCGCUUCCUCCUCCUAGCAGUCGCCGUGGCCACCUACGCGGCGGCCCGGCGGGAGGCGUUCCGCCGGGAUCCCGGCCACCCGCAGUGGCACCACAGCGCUUUCCACGAUGUCGAGGACAGCGUCCGCGCCGACGUUCGCCGCAUGCUCCAUACGCGCGCAGAGGUUCCAUUUCAGGUGCCUCUUGAGGUUAACGUUGUUCUUAUUGGUUUCAAUGGUGAUGGAGGGUAUAGAUACUCCUUGGAUGGACAUAAGCUGGAAGAAUUCCUAAAGACGAGCUUUCCACUCCAUCGGCCCUCCUGUUUUGAGACAGGAGAGCCAAUUGAUAUUGAGCAUCAUAUUAUGUAUAAUGUCAUAGCAGCUGGACAACCAGAGCUGAUUUCUCUUGAGAAGUCACUCAAGGAGGCAAUGGUUCCUGCAGGAACUGCAAGAGAGAGUGAAUAUGGCAGGGAAUUCCCUCUUUUUGAGGUAGAUGCGACUCUGGUAGAGCCUAUAUUCCAGAGGCUGUACUCAUUUAUUUUUGACAUGGAUACUGGUUAUUCGUCACCUGAGAUGGAUAGGCCUGCUCCUAUUGCGAUAUUUAUUGUUAAUUUUGACAAGGUAAGAAUGGAUCCUCGGAACAAAGAAGCUGAUCUUGAUAGUUUAAUGUAUGGUGCAAUAGGAAGACUAACAGAACAAGAGCUAAAAAAACAAGAAGCAGAUUACAUCUACCGAUAUCGUUACAAUGGUGGUGGUGCAACUCAAGUUUGGCUGAGUUCUGGAAGAUUUGUUGUAAUAGAUCUGUCAGCAGGCCCUUGUACAUAUGGAAAAAUAGAAACUGAAGAGGGCAGUGUGAGUUAUAGGUCAGUGCCUCGGCUAUUAAAUAUAAUCUUCCCAAGAGGGCUUGCUGCUCCCAGUGCUAGUUCAACACAAGAUAUUUUUAUUGGGCAGCUUGGUGGGUUAAUUUCAACUACCAUUGAGCAUGUUAUAGCUCCUGACGUCAGGUUUGAAACUGUUGAUAUGGCAGUGAGGUUGCUCGUACCUAUAAUUGUGCUACAGAAUCACAAUCGGUACAACAUUCUUCAAGCAGGUCACAACUACAGCAUAGAUGUUCAAGCUAUUGAAAGAGAGGUUAAAAGAAUGGUUCAUACUGGACAGGAGGUAAUAAUUAUUUCUGGUUCACAUGCGCUGCAUCAGCAUGAAAAGUUAGCUGUUGCAGUUUCCAAAGCAAUGCGCAGCCAUUCUAUUCAUGAAACAAAGACUGAUGGUCGAUUUCAUGUUCGUACCAAAACAUACUUGGAUGGAGCAAUACUCAAAGAGGAAAUGGAACGCUCUGCUGAUGUGCUGUCUGCUGGUUUAUUAGAGGUUGCAAAUCCUUCCCUCUCAAGUAGGUUCUUCCUGAAGCAGCAUUGGUUGAAUGAGCAAGACGACACACAUGAUUCCAUCAAACAUAGGCCUAUAUGGGAAUCUUACAUGCCCAGAAAUAAGAAAGAAAAAAGAGGAACUGGAAAGAAGAAACAUGGAGAUAUGUACCGAACUUAUGGAACUAGAGUGAUUCCAGUCUUUGUAUUGUCGUUGGCUGAUGUUGAUGCUGAACUUCUGAUGGAAGAAGAAAAUCUUGUUUGGACAAGUAAAGAUGUUGUCAUUGUACUUGAGCAUAACAAUGAAAAGAUUCCUCUAAGUUAUGUGUCAGAAACAACUAGGCAGUUUGCUUUUCCGUCUCUAGCACAGCGUCAUAUCUUGGCAGGUUUAGCUUCAGCAGUUGGAGGUCUGAGUGCACCAUAUGAAAGAGCAUCACAUAUUCAUGAAAGACCUGUUGUGAAUUGGUUGUGGGCUGCUGGAUGCCAUCCCUUUGGACCAUUCUCAAACUCCUCUAAGAUCAGUCAAAUCCUUCAGGAUAUUGCACUGAGGACUACAAUUUAUGCUCAAGUUGAUGCUGCCCUUCACAAAAUAAGAGACACAUCGGAGUCUGUUCAAUCCUUUGCAUCAGAGCAUCUCAAGACACCAUUAGGAGAACCUGUUAAAGGUAAUAAGAACAAGUCCAGCACUGAGUUAUGGGUAGAGAAAUUCUAUAAGAAGGUGACAACCAUGCCAGAACCUUUCCCCCAUGAACUUGUUGAACGUUUGGAAGAGUACCUUGAUAGGCUUGAAGAACAACUUGUGGAUUUAUCCUCCUUGCUCUAUGACCACCGUCUAGUUGAUGCUUAUAAAAACAGCUCUGAUAUCCUGCAGAGCACUAUAUUUACGCAGCAGUACGUAGAACGUGUAUUGUCUGCGGAAAGAGAUAAGAUGAAAUGCUGCACUAUUGAAUAUAUUCACCCCAAGCAGUCAUCCCAAGCAUUUGUAUACGGAGGGAUCCUUCUGGCGGGGUUUCUUGUCUAUUCUUUGGUUAUUUUCUUCUCGUCACCAGUCCGCUAAUUCACAUUACUACAGAGUACAGAUGAAGGUAACCCUGAAUUCUCGCUAGUAUGACAAGAUGGCUAAGCAUGAUAGCACUGCGGUAUGCAAGGUGCGCCUGGGCUCAUAAGGAUGUCAAUCAGCAUUCAGCCAUGACUUGACAAUCCGUUGUAUACAUUGGGGGCUAUCUCGGCAAAGUUGUCUAUGAGAAUUUUUGCUUUUUAAUACCUACAGGUAGCCCCAUAGCAUACAGUGAUUCAUUCGUCCAUCAUAAAUGGCCGAUAUAAUCUAGAGGGGAGUUCAGGUAUGGUCUGAUGGAGGGCAUUUACGGUUUUCCCCUUUGCCAGUAUGUUGCUGCACGAAAAAACCUGGUAUGUCAAUAAAAUCCACAAUCUGCAAACAAUCGUUUUCCUUUCUUUAUGUUCUGACAAUUGGUUUUAUUCUAGUA